CACUACAAGCUUUGGAGUACAAAGCUAUAUCCUGUCAUCCCCAAACCAUAGUUCCACAUGGUGGAAGCUUACCCCACAAGUCCCGUCUUGGAAGGCACGGACAGACGACCCCCACUGUUAAACUUUCCUGUCUUUUUUUUUUUUUUUUUUUUGGUUCUUUUUUUUCCGGAGCUGGGGAUCGAACCCAGGGCCUUGCGCUUCCUAGGCAAGUGCUCUACCACUGAGCUAAAUCCCCAACCCCAAACUUUCCCUGUCUUGUCAAUAAACACCUAUGUCCACCGUCUACCCUGGGUCCUUAGGAGGCUAAAAUGCUAAUAGAGCAACUGCUUCCUGACUCCACGGGCAAGUUCUCACCAAGUGCCCUUUACCACCUACAGUUCCCCUCUUUAUGACCAAACAUGUGUGAGCCUGUGGAAGGCUGGGCCUUGUCCGCACAUGUGGGACUGUGAGUAGGGAGAUUGACUCCCAAGUUCUCUAGGCUGGAAGGGGUGGUUGUGGACUCAUAGGGAAAGAUGACACAGCUAAGUAAGAGGCCUUUGCUAAGGUUGCCUGGCAAGGUUUCUUCACUGAGUGCCAGGCCCUCUGGGUGCUGGUAGGAGCAUCCUGCCCUCACGGUAGCUAAGCUCCACUGGGGCUUCAGAGCUGAUAAGGCACAUUUUCUAGAGAGGUUGACCUCCAGGCUGGACACCCUUGACCCCUGGUUGUAUGGUCCCCCUAAGACUUUAUCAUGAGAAUUUGUAUAUACGAUAGUAAACAAGCUAAAGGACUUGUCAGUAAACAUCCCUAUGUCCACCAGCCUUCAUAUUUUGUCAUACCUGAUCUUGUGUCUGUCCAUUCCUUUAUUCAUCCAUUUCCUGUUUCACAUGUUAGACUGAGGUAUUCUUGAGCCUGUCGAAUUCUUUGAUAUUCUGCAAAAAUUCAAGCCAACUCACCUUGGCAACUCUGCAUACAGAAGUGCCUUUUCUCCAUCUGUUCAAGUGCAGCCCAGAGCUCAAUAAUAAAUGCACUGUGCACAGAUCUCGCCUUGGGCAAUCUGAAGUCUAGAAAAGGACUUCUACAGCCAACUUCAACCCAGGGUCUCUCAGGCACUGAGAGCCCACACUUAGGUCUCAGAAUCAGAUGCGUGAGGUUUCCUUCGUGCUGGUGAGAGAAUCGGCCUCUCUGGACAAACCUCUGACUCCUGUUCCAUACUGAAGAGAAAUCCAAGAUGACGUCUGUUAGGAAUCACAACCUGCCAGAACCUUCAUCCCCGGUGUUCUGGCAGAGGUGGCCACAUCUGGCCAUUCCUUCCACCAGUCAUAACAUACCUAUGUUCUGAACAGACUCUGGGAGUUCAGUAUUCCUGAUAGAACUGGGCAAUUUCAUAGGUCCCAACCACCAGGUUGACACUUCAGACCUAGUUCGGCCAUAUCUCCUUGGUUCCCAGUGGUCAACACUUUGGGUAGAAGGUGAUUCUGAAACUCAAUAGGAAGCCAAGGUUUGGGAAGGUGGAGGUGAGAACCUCACACCUGGGUACUUGAUAAUUCCAAGGACUUUGGCCUGAGAAGUCAUCUCCUAAAAGCAGGUGUGGGGCUAUGCCAAGACCACACAGCUGGCCUAGUCUCAGGCCCAAGACUUCUGCCCAAGGACAAAGAUACCCAUAAAUAAAGCCAGGCCAUCUCAACAUCGUUCUUAUUUUUCACAAUGCUACUGCUCAGCCUAACCCUUAGCCUGGUCCUUCUUGGCUCCUCCUGGGGCUGUGGUGUUCCCGCCAUCACACCUGCACUGAGCUACAACCAGAGGAUUGUCAACGGGGAGAAUGCAGUGCCAGGCUCCUGGCCCUGGCAAGUGUCUCUGCAGGAUAACACCGGCUUCCACUUCUGUGGUGGUUCUCUCAUUGCCCCAAACUGGGUGGUCACGGCUGCCCACUGCAAAGUCACGCCUGGACGCCACUUUGUCAUUUUAGGAGAAUAUGACCGAUCUUCCAAUGCUGAGCCUAUACAGGUGCUCUCCAUCUCGAAGGCGAUCACACACCCUAGCUGGAACCCCAACACUAUGAACAAUGACCUGACUCUUCUGAAGCUUGCCUCACCAGCCCGGUACACAGCACAAGUCUCACCAGUCUGCCUGGCUUCCUCAAAUGAGGCACUUCCUGCAGGCCUCACAUGCGUCACCACUGGCUGGGGCCGCAUCAGUGGUGUGGGCAACGUGACACCAGCACGUCUGCAGCAAGUAGUUCUACCCCUGGUCACUGUGAAUCAGUGUCGGCAGUAUUGGGGUUCACGCAUUACUGACUCCAUGAUAUGUGCAGGUGGCGCAGGUGCCUCCUCAUGUCAGGUAAGCGCCUUGUCUUCUGCACUGUCCCGUGGUACACUUCCCCAAACUGCCAUGCUGACUUUUCCCCUUUGCUUCCCUUUCAGGGUGACUCAGGAGGCCCUCUUGUCUGCCAGAAGGGAAACACCUGGGUGCUUAUUGGUAUUGUCUCCUGGGGCACUGAGAACUGCAAUGUACAAGCACCGGCCAUGUACACUCGGGUCAGCAAGUUCAACACCUGGAUCAACCAAGUCAUGGCCUACAACUAAACUGUCCACAGAUCCUUUCCCCAUCUCAAUCCAAUAAAGACACCAGCCUCA